CCGCAUCCGGCGACUUGCAAGGUCCACACGCUUUUAUCUUCUUCGGUAGCUUUCUUGUUCUUUCAAGGUCCAAAUCUUCCACUUUUUGUACAAGUUGAAACCAGUACAACCUUUGUUGUGCUUUUCAGUUCUCUUCAAAAGCUUUAUGCUACGAAAUGUCAGGGAAAAUACGAAAAUUUGCUGCGUGGAAGUGGGUGACCAUAUCGAAAGGACCUAUUAUAGUUAUCAUCCAUAGGAUGCAAGGUGUAUUUGGCUUUGUCACAUUUAAAGAAAGGGAAUAUGAUAAAGCAAACAAUCACAUGUGAAAUAUACUACAUGGACAAAUGUUGGGCAUUGGAGGUGUAUUUGGCUAUUGAACGGAAGGGAACAUGAUAAAGAAAAGGAUCACAUGUGGAAUACUACUACUACAUGGAAGCAUUGGUGUAUUUGGCUUGGUCACAUGAAAAGGAAGGAAAAAUGGAAUAAGCAAAGGAUUAAAUGUGGAAUGGCACAUGGAGACGUGUUAGGGAUACAGAAUGUAAUGAAAAUGUUGUGUUCAAGUUGAAAAGUAGAACUACUGUAUUAUCUGUCGUGGCUAAAGUUGUUUUUCCUGUUUGGACCACCAUGAAGGCUGGAAGAUGUUUAUUGGUGGGCUAAGCUGGCAAACUACAGCAGAGGGUCUUCGACAACAUUUCGAGAAAUUCGGCGAGCUGAAAGAAUGCGUAGUGAUGCGAGAUCCAGUAACGAAGCGUUCGAGGGGUUUUGGAUUCCUAACGUUUAAAGAUCCCAAAGCCGUUGACGUCGUACUAAACAGUGGAGCCCAAGAGCUGGACGGCAAAAAGAUUGAUCCUAAGCUAGCUGUCCCCAAGAGAGCACCAGCCAAGAUGGUUACAACCACAAAGAAAAUUUUUAUUGGAGGGCUUUCAACAAAUACUUCAGAGGAGGACAUGAAGAAAUAUUUUAGUCAAUUUGGGAAGAUUACAGAGACAAUGCUGAUGUUUGAUAAAGCAACCCAGAGGCACCGGGGAUUUGGAUUUGUCACAUUUGAGUCAGAGAACAGUGCAGAUAAAGCAUGUGACACACAGUACCACUUGAUUAACAACAAGAAGGUUGAGGUGAAGAAGGCACAACCUAAAGAGGUCAUGUACAGUCUUCAGGGCGGUAGGGGUCGAGCAGGUAGAGGAGUGUAUGGCAGAGGCAUCAUUUACCCUCUUCCUGGGUACGGGAGAGCUCCAGGAUUCCCAGGAGCCGUUGCUGGGUUUAGUCCUUUCCAAAGUACGCCAGAAACACUUUCUUAUUACAAUGCUGCGGCUGCUGCGUAUGCUGCUGCUUAUGCUGCUGCAGCGCAAGGGCGAGGAAGAGGGCGUGGUAGAGGAGGAUAUAUAGGGGGCUACCCAGUUGGCUUCCCUGGCUAUCCAAGUGCAUACAUGGGACCAGCUGACCAGCGACGGCCCUCAGGGGGACAGUACUAUGCAGAGUAUGCCUCAAUUGGUAGCUCUGGAGCCAGAGGAAACAGCAGCAGGGAGAUGAGUCAGCUUAACCCUGUGCCAGACUACCCCGACUACCCAGGGGGCAUGCCAAUGAAUGGUUACCACCAGCCAAAUUAUGGACCACCACCAGCUUCGCCUGUAUCCCGUGGGUUUGCCCCUGCGACAAGCCCAGGCCCCGUAGGCGUUAGCCAGGAGCUUGCUUACAUGUCAGCAUCAGGGGGAAGUGGUGCUGCUGAAUUGGGUUAUUCAGCCACUAGUCCCCAGCCCGCUGGCUUUGGCCCCGCCAUGGCGAACUACAUGAAAAUUGUAGACACCUAUUGAUGUUCUGAGCAGAAUCCCAUUAAGAACUGGCAUAAAUCAACUGAUCUCAAGCCACUGCAGAUCCACACUCAUCAAGGUGACAUCAAGCCAUCACAAUUUGAAGUUCACAACUUCACUUUUAAAUUAACGUCCUGUAAAAUGUCCCAUUAUUUGUUUAACUGUUUUAUACCGGAAUAUAGGUAUUUAUGUUGGCAUGACAUAGUCUGUGUUCAUUGUAGUUUUAGUACAUAGGUCAUGGUAUUGUUUGUGGUUUUGGCUAGACCUUAUCUAGAUGUCAUGCUCUAGGUCAUCACUAAACAUCCUAAGGUUGUUUUUGAGAGUAAUUUUAUUUUCCCUCGCAGGGACAUAAGCACAUGAUAUAUAAGUUUUCAUAUACACAUUGAUACAAUGAGUUUUAUCACGCCAUGAACUCUGAAUUUCGCAUUCAAAUGUAUUUUCAGAAGCAUAAUAUAAUCCCUAUUAUAAAGUAUUUAUUGCAGUAAUUAUUGCCAUAUAAGAACGGUUUGGUGGUAUCGUUUGGUUCCAGUAAGCAUGUACCAUAAAAAAAUAUAUAUCUGCUCUGAUGAUAAAAAACGGAACCAACAGCUUGAGAAUACUUUGUAUCAAUUAUAUUUUUAUGAGAAUAUCCAUAUAUAAUCUUUUUAUCACCUCAUGUAACCGACAUUGAAUCAGUUUUUUAAAAGUUGUUUUUAGUAACUGUAGUUUCACCUUUGCCAAAUGGACGAUUGUGCUUAUGAAUAAUAACUGUUGUGGGUAGGAAUUAGAGACCCUAAAUGCUUGUUUCAAAUCACUGAGUCGCCUACAUUUUGAUUUCUGUUACACAGAGGCUUCACUGCAUGACACGCUAUUUUGGUAACUUGAAUAUUUUUCAGAGGUUCGGCCCAUUGAGGGUCUAAAAAGGUGUUGGAGAAGAAUUGUACGUAGCCAGUCUGUGUGGAAUUUAAAUAUUUUAGCAACAGACCCAAGCUUCUUAACUUUGGGGAUCGAGUCUAUGAAAAUCCAUGCAUUGGCUAAUUUAAGUAAUAUAAAAUCUUAGCCAUGGUAACGUGCAUCGGUGUUGAAGCCUUUGUUCAUGGAAGUAUUAAUGUGCUUACCACAUGCAAAGAAAGGCUAUUUUAAUCUACCCCUUCGUGGUGAUCCCAACUUUGCUAGUGAUUAACCAGUGACGACGAAGCUUUAGUGGCUUUGGCCUGCAAUUAGUGUUUAGACAGUACUUCUCAAGGGACAGUACUUUCUCAAGGGCAGUUAGUCUUUAUGACGGUACUUCUCAAGGGCAACCAUGGAUGUGUUAGCUUUACUCGAUUAUUUCUUGCUAGUCUUGAGGAUUUAUUAAUUAACUAGUAGCAUUUUAGAGAUAGUUAUUUGUGAAUAGGAACUGUAAAUAAGGACAUUGGGUUAACCUACUUCGGUAAUAUGGUUUCACAUUAUUCAUUUAUUCUUUUUGAUAUAUGAUUUGAGAAUUGGCAAAGCUCAUUUUUGUAUAGAUCUCUUACGUAGGCGUAUAUGAUUUGAGAAUUGGCAAAGCUCAAUUUUUUAUAGAUCUCGUACCUAGUCUGCCAAAUCCGUGACCAUAUCCAAAGUGUGUUUUCCCGGUUGAUCCUUAUGUUUAUUUUUAGGUAUAUAGUAGAGCUAGGCACCGUAGUAACCAGGGCUUGCUUUCUUGUCCCUCACGCCCCCGACUCCCUCUGUGUCUGUGUACUUUUUGGCAUGAAAUGCUGCUGUUUACUCUUAGAAUAUUGGCAAUCCUUAUAUUUGUGUGCAUAUAUUAUGCUUUUUAUUUUGUCAGUUUAAAAAACUGAAUUGCUAUGGCAGCCAAGACCUUCUUGAUGGUGCUAGUCGACCCUCAAACAUCUCACCUAACCUACCUCUAUACCCAACCAACCCAUUGCUAGAUCCACCCAAUUUACCUCUAUACCCAACCAACCCACCCAUAGCAGCCAUCCAACCUACCCCUAGACCCGACCAACCCAACACUAGCACCCAACCCUAGAUCCACCCAAUUUUCCUCUAUACCCAACCAACCCAACCCAAGACUCACCCAACCCACCCCUAGCACCCACCCAACCUACAACUUGGCACGAGCAACCCAACUCUAGCACUCACAUAACCUACCCCUAGACCCAUCCAACCCAUCCCUAGCACCCACCCAACUUACCAUUAGACCCACCCAACUUACCACUAGACCUAUUCAACCCCUAGCACCCACUCAAUUUAUCACUAGACCUAUCAUCUCCCUAGCAUUCACCCAACCCUUGAGGUGAAGUUUGCUGUGCCGAACCCAAGUUUCUAGUCACCUUAUUUUGACAUAAGGUUUGUUCUGACUAUGACGCAAACGUAUAUUAAGUAAUACUCAGUUUUCUCUAAGCGCUUGCUUGUAUACUUGUGUCCUGGUGAGAACCUACCUUACGAGCUUUCACUGCCGGUCUUCCUGAAGACCUCUCUUAUGGGCCCGUGAUUUUCCUUCAAGUGCUAGCACCUCAAGAAGGUCUUGAUGCCUCUGAGAAAACUUGGGAAGUCGUUCGAAGUGAGGGAACGCUACUCUGUAGAUGCGCACCGUUUGAUUGAAGGCAAGGUUUAGGAAUAGAGUCCACAAAGUAAACUGGGCUCGUUUUGGCAAAGUAGAGUAGUUUUCAGUUGAGGAGUAUUUAAGUUUUCUCAAGAAAAUCACAAUGAAUAUUUCCCCAAAAAAUUCUUGCUAUCAGGCCGGGCAAUUGCUAGAGAAUUAGACCAGUUGCACGAUCAAGGAAUCUAUUAUAGAUAGUGAAUUAGUGGUGAGACUAUCAUCCACCACUCUAAUCUUAACAUGAAGAUCUGUAGAUAUUUAACAAUGGUUGCACGGAGUAUGUCACUUAUAAGCGCAAGGGAGCGGUCACUGCUGGAGCAAAUCUCGAAAAGGUUUGGAAUGAUGUGAAGCUCAGGAAAUUCGUUUACCGAAUGUCCCCUGCUCAACAUAGAUGAGGCCAACGAUUCCCGCUUCAUGUGGUGACCCCGCCCAUGUGCCGUCAGUGAGUUCUUCGGUGCAGCAGGGGUUAUGAAUCUCUGAGGUUUGUCGUCGAAUGUUUAUUACAGGGGGUCAGUGUUUGCCCUCUUUACUGGCCUGAUAGAAAGUCAUUCCUUGACCCAAAGUGAAAAUUUUAAAUAUGCACUCGAAGACUUGGGUGCUGUAUAUUUAUUAUCUUAUUCUAUUAUCUUGUUACUUACAUUUUUCGUACUUUAAAAGUAUAGCAGGAGGAAAGUUAUCCUAGAGCUCUUUUUAUGACCACGAAGGUUAGCUAAUCAGGUGAAUCCGUUGUCUCGACUUCAACUUCGUUUUGGGCUCUGUGGCUCCACAUACAACUCGAGCCUACACUCGUAACAGAACUAGUGGAGGAGUGGCCGUAGUCUGUGUUGAUGGGCGAUUUGCACUAAGAAAUCAUGUGACCUUUUGAGAGGCAAACUCGAACCAAAAUAGCUUUCUAUAAGAAUAAGCCCUUUCUGGCAUAGAAACGCUCAGCUUUUUUAAUUUUUCUUUUUGUUGUUGUGAUUUUGCUGUCAAAAGCCGGAACGCCCCCCCCCCCCCCCCCAUAAAAAAUAGUUUUUUUUGUGUGUGCAAGUCGUCUAUUCCAGAUCUUAGCCCCUUUCAUCUGUGUCUGUUUUCUUGUACGAGUUGUUGACUUUUAUGACGACUGUCAAUAUUGACAGGAUAUUUAACUUGGCCCUUGAAAGUCGCUCCAAUCCACACGUCAGUGGGAAACUGCUUACCUAUACAAAGAGCUUUAUUUUUGCAAUGCAUAAUACUUUAGCAGAGUAUUUCAGAUAAUAAAUAACCCCCUUUCAUAACCUACAUAUCUAAUGUUACAACGACUAGCAGGGCUAAAUCCCAAAGUGCACAACAAAGCUGUGGUUGAUGCCGCGAGUAAUGGAUUCACAUUUGAUAACUAUGCUUAUAGGAAUCGAGAUAAAAAGAGAAAGUUUGUAUUUUUGAAAAAGAAAAUUUAUAAGAUCUUUAUUCCUCUAAAUAGACUGUAUUUCUAUGAAAAAGAGUUAUGGUGUAGAAUUUCUUUUAGGGGAGGUGAAUGAACCUUAUUGCUUCAUUUUGACCCUCUUCCUUGUUUUGUUUGAAUGGAAAACUUCCCUUCUCACCUUCCCUUGUACUGUCCUGCUACCUAAGGGGGUGUGCUUUUCUAAUGAUUGCACUACAAGCUACUUAACUAUGUGAGCCUUUGACCAAGCCAUAUGAAAUAGCCUCAGAACAACUAACUCUGAUGAUGGGCAACGCUAUGACAAGCCCUUGGCAAUCUUGUGUACAUCCUUUUCUAGACACUUCUUAUAGUCAGUAGAUCCGACUUGCGUGGCAAUGUUAUUUUGUUUUUAAUAUCAAAAACUCACAUCAUGAUUCCAAUACGACUUCCCCUGUAUUAUUUGAUGCUUUAAAAUUAGAAUGGAGUUGUUUUAGUUGUAGCAUGGAUUGCUAUUUACGGAUAUGUUCACGGUUAAUUCAUGGGUGGUCAAAGGCAUAAGCUACCUGGUAUUACGUUAAACAAGUUUAAUUCUUCAUGAUUUAGUUGGCGAGACGAGCCUUCUCGUAUUUUGUGUUAAAUGCGUGCUUAUUCUGUCAAAAGUACCUGAGACUUUUGCUUGUACAGUCGUUUGGUUCCGGAUCUUUACCCAGAUAUAACUCUCUGAUCACAGUGGGGUCGUUUUGGGUAAAAUCCUUUUGAACCUGUUGCUCAAUGUUAUUCGUAAACAAACUCAUCGGAAUUAGACACCAGUUUGUGUUGGUACCUAUUUUGUAAGUGAAGUGAUUUAAAACCAAGUUUCUAGUGUUAUCGAAGUUGGCUUAAACAGGCUAGCGAUCAGAUCGCAUUCAUUACACCGUUGAUGUUUGUUUAUGACAUGUAUGGAGUAACAUUGAAACAGAUUAUUAAACAUUUUGUUCUCCAAA